AUGUCUCUCGGGAGAUUGGGAAAGCUGAAAUUCGAAGUAACCACCGACCGAUCUGGAUUCCACAAGCGCUUUAAGGAAUAUCGUGACCGUAUCUGGAUGAUGCCCAAGGCCCAGGCUCUGGCUUUGCUCGAGGACUACAUGGAGCAAGUGUAUCCCCUCCUCCCAGUCAUCCAUGGGGCAACAACCCGGGGUCUCAUCACGAGGUUUUAUGACGACAUUUCACGCGGCGAAGAAAAGCUUCCACAUUAUAUCGCCGCUCUCAUUCUCACGCUAAGCGCGCUCAGCGCCUACUUUUGGCAGCCCGAUGUUGGAUUCCACAGUUACUUUACCUCGGCCGAAGAAGCCUCCGAGGCAUCCGAGUUUUGGCGGGAUUGGGCGUUCGAUAUACUCGCCAAUGCGACCAAAGAAACUAACGCCGUGGCCAUGGAGUCUGCGCAGGCCUGGGCGGUCAUGACCUACAUGAUCCAUAACGUUGAGGGCUGUUCUUCCCGCUUCCGGAUCCUCCACAACCGUAGUCUGACCGCCGCUCGUGAGCUUCUUUUUCAUCUCGUGGAUAGCCCCAGGUCCGCCCGAAAUGAAGAUGAAGUUACCCGUGAGCUUAAACGUAGAAUAUGGUGGUAUAUCGCUGGGACAGACUGGCUUCUUGGGUUUAUGGGAGGCCCUAACGAGGGCACGUAUUCCGUCCAGACCCGGCACAUGAACGUCAGUUACCCGAGAAACAUCAACGACAAUGAAAUGAGCUCGGUGGACAAAUUUGCCAGCACCGAGCCCAACAAAUUUACCCAGUUGUCCUGCUUUAUUCAACGAACUCGCAUCGCAGAGAUCAUCAGAGAAGUACUAGAUGCAAGCUACCCCGGGGGCCCCGACACGGACAUUACCGACUGCGACCAAGUUCUCGCACUGGACGAGCUAUUUGAAGAGGGCCUGGCAAACCUGCCCCCUUAUUUCCAGGGCCAGGAACCGCCUCAAAGCAACCGAUUCGGUCCCGUUGAGCUGCAGCGCCUGGUCGUCCAGUUAGGCCUCCUCACCCGCCGAGCUCGCCUGCAUCGGCCAUUCCUCUUGCUUCAACAGAGUCACUACACCCCCAGUCAGCAGCGGUCCCGCGCAAUAUGUCUCAAGACUACCCGUGCUGUAGUAUCUCUGGGCCUCGAUGUCAUCCAGUUGCAUCCGUCUAGUGUUGAUUCGACUGGAUCGGCCCCUACAACAAAAACUCUAUCUGCCCAUCGCCUCGGUCUUGUCAUCAACCAUCUAUCCACAGCCUGUACCGUACUCGCCAUCUACGCCAGUUCAACCCCUCGAUCACCACACCACGCAUCCCCAGUAAAUACCACGAGCGACGGCCAACGCCGUCGGUCGCAGGGUCAAGUCACUGGAGCCAGAACCGAAACGGAUGAUGCUCAGAGUCGAGCCGCCGUGUCUGAAUUGCUAGCUCAUGCUGGACGUGUUCUUAGUGACUUAGGUGCCGGUUCCCCAGCCGCCGCUGAUUUGCUGCGGAAUCUAGUCACCCUCCUGAAACGCCAUCACGCUAAGCACCAAGGUGGUGCCACUGUGGUAGGGUUUCGCCAUCGGGGUGGGGAUGGUGAUGAUGGUGGUGACGGAGGUGCCUCCGGCGAUAUGUCAAGGAAUAGUCAUAGUGUUACCCCCUUCAAUGGGAGUGCCAUCGCCGGGCAACAGAUGCACCACCAGGGACAACAACAAGAGCAACCACAGCAGCAGCAGCAGCAGCAGCAGCAGACACACGCAGCUCAGCAACAACAGCAACAAUACAUUGUUCACAGCGCCGCACAGAUCAAUACCACCCUACCACCAGCCACAAUGCCGCUCCCCAACCCAACCAUCCCCGCGCUCCCACGCCCAGACGCAAUCCCCUGGCAAAGACCUGGACCUCUGAUCAUGGAUAAUUCCUGCUCCCCGUUUAGCUUGGAUGGGAUCUGGACAGAUUUUGUGACGGGGUCCACGGAUGAUUACAAUCAGUUGUUUGCGGAUUUGGAUUAUUAUUGUGGGAUUGCUUAG